GUGGGUAUAAGUUUUUAUUAGCGUCUGAAGUUCCGUGUGCGGAGGGUAGCAGGCAACAGGAGGGAGGGCCGGGUGGGCGUGUGGGGCUGCGGGCUCAGUCGGCACGGAGCCUCGAGUCGCGCACGCCGGCCUCACGCCGCACCCACGCUCCGCUACUCGCAAAACUUUCACGAACUUUUCCAACGAGAAAAAGUGCGCAGUGCUCUGAACAAAAUUGGAUGCAAAUUAGUUAGCAGCCAUCUGUGUGGUGUGUGUUUGUAGCAGAGAACACAGUUCUAUUUGGAAUGAUGGAGUUUAAUUGAAGCAGAAUGGUUCUUGCACCAUGAGGACGCGCAGCGAGCUGGGAUUCCAAGCCUCCGUUUGGGGAUGCGCCUGAGUGGAGCAAGUAGCAGGAUGGCGGCGCACGCGACCUCGCGCGUUUUCCUGCUGGCGCUUAUGGUGCUGUGUCGAGAGGGCGUGUCGAGCCUAGAGCUGCUGGAGCUGCGCGUGCCGGCGCACGUGCCGCUGGGCACGCGCCCGUCGCUCUCCUGUCGCUGGCAGCUCGGGCCCACCGACGUGCUGUACUCCGUCAAGUGGUACAAGGACGGCAAGGAGUUCUUCCGACACGUGCCCAAGGACACAGAGCCGCGCAGGAAAUUCCCGCUGCCUGGCGUCGAUGUCGAGAGAUCGAGUACAAAUGGGGCUAACGUAACGCUCUUCCCGGCGAUCCUGGAGACAGGCGGGCGUUACCGCUGCGAAGUGUCCGGCGAGCGGCCGUUGUUCCCCACGGUGUCCGACCACUCGGACAUGACCGUCGUAGCUCUUCCGAACCACGGGCCCACAAUCACAGGGUCCAAGCUUCGGUAUCAGAUCGGCGACCGAGUGCAGGUGAACUGCACGUCGGGUCGGUCGCGGCCGGCGACGCGGCUGGCAUGGUACGUGAACGGCGAGCCCGCGCCGCCCGCCGCGCUGCAGCCGCCGGUGCACGAGACGCAUCCCGACGGGCUCGAGACCACCAGCCUCGAGCUCGACUUCAAGGUCAAGCCAAAGCACUUCAGAAGAGGGGAUUUGAAACUUAAGUGUCUGGCAACGAUAGCGACAGUGUACUGGCGCAGCAACGAAGAGAGCGUGCAGGGCGAGCGCAUGAAGGGGUAUGCGCGCUCGCGCGAGCUCAGCGAGGGCGCGUCGCGCGCCGACCGCGUGCAGGCGGCGGGCAAGCACGGCGCCGCGCCGCGCGCGCUGCCCGCGCUGCCCCUGCCCGCCCUACUGCCUGCGCUCGCGCUGCUACUCGCGCACGCCGCCGCGAACCCCACUAUGCGAUUAAACACUUAAAAGGCUCGAAACGACAACGCAGACACUUCCUAUGUGUUCGGAUUGUUAAUGGUGCAAAAACGAUCAUUCUGAUUAGAUAAACUAAUUAUUGUAAAAUACGCUUGAUUCUGUGUUGCUAAGUAAAUAAACACUAACGCGUGAGAUAUGUGCCAUUGUCGAAGUAAUAAUUAUUACCUUGUUAUUCUAUCACCUCGGAUUCCAAAGAUUAUUGUUUUACCAAGAUUUUAUUUAACCAAAGUGGAGGCAUUUUGUAAUUAACAUAUCAAAAUCUCUUACGUAUAGGUACAAUAGGUACAUUACAUUUGCGUUAUUAAGGGUAAUCUAUACGUAUCGAAACGUCGGUAAGUAAUUAAUUACGUAGCAGUUAUUUGUGAUUCCAAUUAUGAGACAUACAUGACAUAUCAUUAAAAUCAGGUUUCAAUAAUGUACUGCAAUAUCGCUUAAAAUCCGUCACAACAUUAUUUCCAAAGAUGUUGUUAUGUUACUGUGUUACUGCUUUGUUCGAUAGGCUGAUAUGGAACUGUACGUUAAUGCAAUAUCAAUUUAUUUUAAUGUUUUUUUUUUCAGCACCUUGACGCGAUUGAAAAAUAACCAUAUUUAUUAUUUUCUGUUGCAUAAAUCGGGUUACAAGUAAUACACAAGUCGCGUCGCGUCGUUUUUAAAACUUGAUAAGCGAAUAAAAUAAAUUUCUUUCACAUUCUCUUCAGGUGCUUCCUCCUUUAUUUCUGCAAUAAAUACAGCCGCCAUCACAUCUAUCGGAGCGGUCAAGGCUCUCACAAAUAUCUGAACAUGCCUCUAUUGUCAAGACAUUAGAGUGCCUGUUCAGAUAUUGUGAACACCUUGGCCGCUCCGAUAUAGCCUAUGACGACUGUACAUACAAAUAACGUAACCGGUGUCGUCGUUCAAAUUAAUAAAUAAUUACGAGUAAAAUAUGCAUCAUUUAAUCGAUCACAAUAUACUGUUGUAGGUACAUACUUACAUUCUGUGUAUAUUUUAGUAUUGAAACGUGUUUACGUACCUAUAUAAGACUUAACAUAAUUUUAUGUCAUAAUAUGUAAUAAUUAGCUAGGAGAGGAGCCCUUUAUUUAACGAUAUUGCUCGCUGAAUCCAUUGGGUGUCGAUCGUGGUAAAUGCCUACAUUGUUUUUGCUAUUCGGAUAAAAAAUGUUAUCGGAACCUCACAGUGAAACUUGGCAAGUGUGGUCCCGGAAAAAGUUUUAUGUUGCUAGCAAUAUUGCCAGUGAACUAAAACGUAAAACGACGUUGAUAUUUAAGUAGGUAAGGCAAUAAAUACUGAAAGGAAUUAUUCGCACUUAAUAAUAAUAUUACAAUAAUAUCGCAGUCAAUUCCAAAGUUUCGGGCAGUAAAUAUUGUCAGUUUCCUAAUGUAGUCAGGAAACACGAGUUUCUUCAUAUUUUUUACCAGCACUUACUAGGCCACGUCUAACUUUGUUUCGUUUGAUAACUAAUAUGAUUGCUUAAACAUUGAGAGCGUUUCAUGAAACCUUAUAUUACAAUUACAAGUGAUUUUAACUCCUAUUAGGUAUUAGAAAGAAUGCUCCGCUUGUAUUAUAAUACAAGUUACAAGCUUUCUUGAAAGAGCCCUCUGGUCAACAGAAACAAAAUUCUUAGUUCCUAACUAAAAUAUCGUAUGAACGCGAAUCAGGCCUUUUCGAAGUAAAAUAUACCUUUGUUGUCAAAAUUAUGUUAUGGUAGCUCCACAUGAUAUUGCGAUUGCGAUAAAAAAUAAGUUAUACGUGACUUGUUAGGUAUUUUAAAACUGGUCACUGACGUUUCAUAAGUUGAAUGUUGCUCGGAAUAUUUUGUUCCUAUAGUUCGUUUUUUUAGCAUUAGAAAGAACUUGCAAGAAGGUAAGACAUCUUGACAUGUCUUUUAAAUUUUUAAUUGAAAAACGCUUUUUAAAAAUCAAAGACUAUUACUUAUGAAGGCAAAAGAAUAUAAAUGAUUGUAUUAGAUUCAUAAUUGUUACAUAUUUGCCGUGACUUAUUUUUAAAACGUGUUUUUCAAUUAAAAGACACAUCAAGAUUGUUUACCUUUUUUCUAAUGCUAAAAAAAACGAACUAUAACAAAGAGCUUUAUCUUUAUCCGUUCAAGGUUCACGUUGACUAACCAUCGAAAACACUGGAUAAAAGUGAGCGACCUGUUAGGUAUAAUAUGUCUGAGUCUCGAGGGAGUUUUAUAUGUAUAGUCCGUUUUUUUUAGCAUUAGAAAGAACUUCGCAGAAGUAAGCUUGUGGUUCCAAAUCCGGCACUUUUAGCGGUAAUAAUUUGAAGUAAAUUACAUGUAUUGACCAUGCUACAUUAGAUAAUUCAAUAAUUAUUGACAAUUAAAGAGCCUGAUAAAAACUGCACGCUUGCUUCUGUGGAGUUCUUUCUAAUGCUAAAAAAAACGAACUAUAGUUAACUACCAAUAUAACUAAAUAGCAUUACAGUAAUUGCUAAUUCUAUGAAUAUACAGUUGAAUAUUGUACAGGGAUGUAGAAGAUUAUUGAAUUGUCAUUUGGACAAAUAAAUAGAGAAAUUUAGAUCGAUAUAAUAUUAUACUGUGUUAAGAACUCGAAGAAAUUUAAUAUAAAAAUGUAAAUUCAAGGGAUGUUUUUUAAAUUUAUUGACGUGAUAUCAGUGAAUCAAACUACAGCUUUUUUCUAUUCGAUUUAGUUACAUAAGGGGCUAUCCAUAAAUUACGUCAUCGAUUUUUGACGAUUUUUGAAUCCCCCCCCCCCCUAUAAUCAUCCAAAAAUCAUGCUUCAAAUUACCCCAUUUCCUCCUACUUCAUGCUACCGUCAUCCGAUGUCCAGACCCCCCCCCCUAAUUUGAAAUGACGUAAUUUAUGAAUAGCCCCUAAGUAAAAAAAAACAAAUUUAUAUAGGCUAGGUAACUAAUGCAAAAUUUGCUGCAGAUAACCUUAUGCAAAACAAAGGGCAAAAUUUACGUAUUCAAAUGUUUAAAAUUGCCCUCUAUAACGAAACUGCCCCUAGUGUCAUUAAAUACCAACUACUUAAAGGAAUUUCCAUGAAUGAAUAUGUUUGU